CCCCCGCGAUAAGUUGAACUUCCUAUCAGACCAACACCCGGAAAUUGUAGGGAGAACAAAAAUUUAAAGUAUCACCCUUUGAAUAAUAUUUUCGGCUUAAUCAUCCGGGUGUUUUCAAGUGUGUGAAGCACUAGUGGUUGUAAAACAAAAUCAGUCGGCAAUACGUACAUGUAGAAAACAUCUGUGAGAAAAAAGGACCAUUUCACUCAGAAGCAGCAGCUAGUCUUAUUGACAUUGGGUUGAUAAAUCAGACACUUCAAGACGGUGUUUGGGAAGGCACUAGUAAAAUAGAUGAAACUUCAUGGUUGGUUAAAAGUGCCACAGUCCAGCAUUUUGAAUGGCCACCCCUGGAGUCGAGACCUCAGCUAUUGGUCUCUUGAAGCGUGCAGUUGAACUGGACGGUGAAAAACGUUUUACAGAGUCGCUAGUAUGCUAUCAAGAGGGGAUCCAGCUGUUACUUGAUGUUCUUAAAGCCACCACAGAUGAAGAAAAGAAAAGGCGAUUUAGACAAAGAAUAACAGAGUACAUGGACAGAGCUGAAAAAGUUAAACAGCAUAUUGAGGCAGAAAAGGAAGCGGGACGUUACCACGAACAGAUGAAGAUAGAGAACAACUCAACUGGUAACAGCUAUGAGAAAGUGUUUGGGAGAUUUUUUGAUGAACAGGUCACUGUGGUAGAGGUUGAGGAUCCCUACAUCAGGAGCAAUCAUCAGGUGCUUAACUUUGUAAGGUUCUGUGAACUUAUAGUGAAGUCCAAGAGUAAAGUCCAGACAAUAUGUUUAACCACUGGUCAAGACCAAGGAAAGGGUCAGGAAGAAAAGUUAUCAGAACUAGUCAAGAACCUAGAAAAGUAUAAUAUGACGUUAAAAGUAACAUACUCAGCUUCCUUACAUGACAGGGAAAUCAGGUUGAACAAUGGCUGGGUGAUCAAGAUAGGCCGAGGAUUAGACUACUUCAAGGCAGCAGAUGGGAAGUUUGUUAUUGGAUUCUGUGAUAUGGACUUAAGACAGUGCCAUGAAACCACGGUGGAUAUCUUCCACAAGAAACACAGUAAAUCAGUUGGUGUGUGACACCAUAAGAAUUGGAUAUUUUCUUGAAUAAUCAUGAAAAUAUCACCUGUUAGUACCGGUAAUUGUUGUUUUAUUUUUCCCGGACAGUAAGUGCAAUAGCUAAAGAAAAGUAAUUUAAAUGGGUUUAAGUCUUAAGAUAACAAGGGAUUGGUAUCAGAAAUCUCUAAAGAUACCAAAGUCCAAGAUCUCUCUGGCCUUUCUCCAGUUUUAUCAAGUUCAUUAACAAUAUUCAACUCAUAUUCAUGAGGUUAAAAAUUGGUGAAA